GUUUAAAUCAACAGGUAUUUCCCAAUAGUGAUCGAUUUUUAUUAUCUCUAUUGGGUAUUACCUUUGCGUCCGUGAGUCAAUAUUGUGUCAAUUAAGUUACCAUUAUAACCUGUUCAUAAGUGUUUAAAGUGGAUUUGAUAGGGGUAGAGGUUCACGGGCCAAUCUACACAUAAGUGGACGUCUCAAUUUUCAAGCCAAUUGACAAGACACGAAAAUGCAAGCAAACAACAAAGUUGGCCCAGACGGCAGCGCGCCCCCUCCUCCUUCCUACACAGCCGGUACCCAGCCCGCAUAUGGACAGCCGGGAGCUCAGCAAGGCGCAUAUGGUGUGCCAAUCACCGGACAGCCAGGGGUACCUGGGGUUCCGGGCGGGAAUCAGGCACCGGUAGUAUGGAUGCCCAAACCGUCAGUGCCUGGGUGUCCCCCAGGGCUUGAGUACUUGACGGAGAUUGACCAAAUACUGGUCAAACAACAGAUUGACAUGCUGGAAUUGUUUACUGGUUGGGAACAGCAGAACAAGUACCGCCUGAUGAACAGCAUGGGGCAACAGGUGUACUAUGCUAAGGAAGAGUCCGGGGCGUGUGAGCGACAGUGUUGCCAGGCAAACCGAUCAUUCACGAUGCACAUUACGGACAAUGCGGGAAUGGAAGUUGUCCGCCUGCAGCGCGAGUUCCGUUGUGUGCGUGAUAGCUGCUGGUUCGCAUGCAUGGACUGCUGCGCUCACGUGAUCGCCAUAGAGGCACCUGUGGGGGUCACCGUGGGAUAUGUCAAGCAGAAAUGUAGCCCCUGUCCUCCCCGGUUUGGGAUCCUGGACGCCGACCAGAACGAGGUUCUCUCUAUAGAAGGACCCUGCUGCAUGAUCCCGUGCACGGACAUCGAAUUCAAAGUGAUCUCCGCCAAAGACGGGUCGGAGGUGGGAAAGGUCACCAAGCAGUGGGCCGGAAUGAUGAAGGAAAUGUUCACGCAGGCGGAUAACUUUGGCAUCUCAUUUCCCAUGGAUCUGGACGUCAAGAUGAAGGCGACGAUGCUUGGAGCAUGUUUCCUCAUUGACUUUAUGUACUUCGAACAACGGCCAACAACAACCGCCACUAUUGAACCUGAUGACGUCAUACGUGAGCUAGUACGGACAUAAGUGCGGACGACUAGAAUGAAGCGUCUGUGAUGUCGAUCAAUAUCAUUUGGACGCUCUUUACAAGCAUUGCUGUGAUUCGUGUUAACACACACAUAAAAAACAAUUAUAUUUUAAUAAUUAUGUUUAUAGUAAUUUUGUUUAACAUUUCUUAAGGUAAAAAAAAGAAAUAGUAAA